UACUGGGGUUGAUUAAACUUAAACAUAUCUGUAUAACACAGCCCUUUUACACAGUCACAGUAUUGUACCCUUCAGUAGGAGGAUUUUUACAGGACUGUAGUAUUGGGCUGCAGUUGUACAAAGUAAUCUGGCAACUGAGAAUAUGUCACAAUUUUUUAUUAGUGCCACAACCCCAAAACCCUAGUCCGCAAACGAAUGGUUAAUUUAAACUAACUAGUUCAGUUUGUUCAGGCAGUGGGAGGAUUAGAGGACAUUUCCAACAACGUUUCCUUAUCAGUGAGUUUUUUUUAAGGGAAUGUCAAAACGCAAGUACAAAUUGUACUUAGAACCUAAACGCACAAUUAAAUUACCCCGUGCAAGACUAAAAAGAGGACAUAAUGCAUUGCUCUUCACAGGUGACUGCAGAUUUGAUCUUGAUCAAGGAGGAUCACACACUGCAGAUGUUGAGACCAUGUCUCCAUCUGGCCAUCUUGAUCUUCAGUUGGAUCCAGAUGACACAAUGAUACUACCUUUUGCUGUCAACAGGAGAGAAAAUGAAAGUGAAGUCAGACCAGGUUCAAGCUGCACAAAUCACGAGCCCAUGUCUUCGUCUGAUCACCUUCUGCUUACAUCUGAGCUGCAGUCAAGUGAGAUGGCCCAGCAGUUUGAUUGUGAUUCAUCAUCUGAAGGCAGUGUUUCUGGAGUUGAUUCAGAAAUUCCAGAUCUACCAGAAGAUGAUCCAUUCAGACAGAUAGGUUUUGACACAGACAUGGAUUUGGUACUAAUGUCAGCAGGUACAACGACAAAGGCUGAGGCACUGCUCAUGGUGAUGAGUCAUGCAGCAAGGCAUAAUAUAACAGGAACACAACUUGAUGAUUUGUUAAAGCUCAUAAAUACUCUGUUUGGCAAAGAGGUAAUAAAAUAUCUGUUCAAUAAGGUCUUUAAAAACAACUCAGACAUAGUGGAGUUCCUCUUCUACUGCAAAACCUGUAAAGUAUACAUUGGCACACAAGAAGACAUAGAUAAAAACAUUGCUCAGUGUGCAAUCUGCAGUGCUCCCAUUGAAAUCAGUUCCUUGAACAGUGCUUUUUUAUCAACAUACCAGUUGCACCUCAAAUCCAGACAAUGCUUGAAAAUCCUCAGAUUCAAAACAGCAUGAGCUACAGACACCAAAGGCCACAGAAUGAACACAUCAUCUCUGACAUAUAUGAUGGUGAAAAGUAUCAAAACUUGUCAAAACCAGGUGGAAUUUUGUCAGAUCCAAACAAUUUAUCAUUCAAUUUCAAUUCUGAUGGCUCACCUGUGUACAAGUCUUUCAAAUUUUCAAUAUGGUCCAUACAGCUACAUUUAAACAAGCUCCCUCCCAAAUUGAGAUUCCAGAAUGUAGUGCUUGCAGGUUUUUGGUUUGGUGCUCAAGAGCCAGUUAUGCCCAUUUUUCUCAGACCCUUUGUUGAACAGGCCAAAACACUGGCAUCCAAAGGUGUCUCUUGGAGAAAAAAUGGAACAUGUGUGUACAGCAAAAUUGUUGGUUUAUGUUGUUGUGUAGACUCAAAGGCAAGACCAGCCAUGCUAAACACCACACAGUUCAAUGGAUACUUCGGCUGUGGCUUCUGUUUACAUCCUGGUACUCUAGUAGAGAAACAGGUGAAAUACACUGACUGCCACAGAAUAUCCUGACAGAGAGGGGAAGAAAAUGCUGGGAGAUAUGGAGCAAGCGGUAGCUCAAAACAGAAGUGUCAGAGGAGUGAAAGGUCCAUCACCACUCAUAAACAUGCCUUAUUUUGAUAUAGUGUGGGGCUUUGUUCCAGACUAUAUGCAUGCUGUCUUACUUGGUGUUAUUAGACAGCUCACAGAGCUUCUUUUGAACAGUAGUGAGCAACCCUACUACAUUGGGAGUCCCAACACUAUGAGGGUGCUAGAAAACAGGAUGAGGGACAUAAAGCCACCACACCUGAUAACACGACUACCCCGACCCCUUGCAGAAUUCAAGUACUGGAAAGCCUCAGAGUGGCAAGCAUGGCUCCUGUUUUAUAGCUUGCCAGUUCUGAAUGGUGUACUUCAGCCACGCUACGUGAAGUACCUUGGCCUUCUGGUGUCGGCAAUAUUUCUACUUUUGAAAGAGAACAUUACCUUCCAAGACAUCAACAAAGCAGAUGAGAUGCUUUUCGAUUUUGUGGCAAGGUUUCAGUUGCUGUAUGGGGAGGCAUCUAUGACAUUUAAUGUACACCUGCUAACUCACCUUGCAAAAUCUGGGCAGGGUGACAGAGACUACCGAUGAUGAAAAAGGGGCCUUCAUUUCUGCACAGAAACCUGCACCAGAUGAAAUGGUAGUGCACAGAAGAAUGGUGCAUAAAGGACUGGUUUAUACCAGCAAAAGCUAUAGCCUCAGUAAGAGACGCAGAGACUGUUUUGCAAAGCUGAGGGAUGGUGUUUAUGGAGAAAAUCAGAAUAUCAUUUCCUUUCCUUCAGAAAAGGGUCCAGAAAUUGCUGUCCUUUUCAAAAAGCUUUAUACACAAACCUCCUUUCCUUUAACACAAGGUUACGGGUUUGUGUCACAUAUCAGACUUGUAAGUGAAAGGGUUUCUUCACCAGUGUGUCUGAUUUCAGUAGACAGGUUAGAGCAGAAAUGCAUGGUUUUAAAAACAGGUGAUCAGAUGUACAUUUGUGACUUUCCAAAUGCACAU